GCCAAAGCCUUAAAGCAACCCAAAACCUUAAAAAUCCCUUUCUCGCCUUUCUCUUCACUUCUCCUACUAAACCCUUCCCUUUCCCUUUUCUGGGGCUCCAGUAUUUUGUACCAGACGCCAUGGCCGUACGUUGAACCCUUGGAUAUACUCGUACGACGUCAUAGAAUCAUAAAGAUUUUCUUCUGUCCACUGCGCUGUCAGAUCCAGCUCGAAGAUUCUUGUCACUAUAAUCAGUGAGCAAGUUUAAUGAAGGAUAUUUAAACAUUUGAUUUUAGUGAAGUUGCAUUGAAACCAAAAUGCUGGCUUUUUUUUCUUUUUAAAAUUAGGGAUUUUGAUAGAGAUGAGAGAGGGCUUGCGAUCAAGCGUUAAAUUGUUGGCGAAAACCGACGACAGUGAGUCAUCGCCGUGCCAAGCGACAGUUAAGAUGGAUGUCGACAGUACUGAAGAAAAGGGCUUUAAUUCGAGUGAUGGUAAAUCCCCAAAACUGAUUGGUUCUUUGACUGAAGAGAACAAAUUGGUUUCUGCCCCAAAAGAAGAAGCAGAGAUGAAUCAGAUUGAUGGGUCAACGUGUGGGGAUUGUGGUGCUUGGAGUGAUACUGAUGAGGAUGUUACUGAUGAUAGGAGGAAAAGAAAUAGAAUAAAUUAUGAGGGAGAGUGUGAAGAUGAUAGUGUCAAAAAACUGAAGGUGAAGGAUGAUGCUGUGGAUGGUAAAUUGCAGGUUGUUGGUAGGAUUCUGCGGUCUGGGUGUACUGUGAAAUCUGGUGGUGGGAAGAAAGCUGAAGGGGGACAAAGUAAUGAUGGUUUUGUUGGGAACCUGACCAGGAGAGAUGUUUUUGAGGAUAAUGGUGUAAAGGUGCAAAAAGAAGACACUGUUCAUUUUGACAUACGGGACACUUAUCUGUCAGGUAAUAUGAUGAGGAAAAAAAUAGUAUACACACGUGGGAGGCCUCCCAAGUCUUUGAAGAGUAAGUUUCAGCAAAAAUGGGGUGAUGUUGCAAAGGAAGCUAUUGAACAAUCUGCUGGUCGAGCGAGUGUAAAAAAAUUGAAGCGCAAGCGUGGGCGGCCUCCCAAGGUACUGGAGAAUUAUGAGUCUGAGAAGUGGGGUGGCAUGGAAAAGGAAAUGAUUGGUUUAUCUGCUAGUCAAGCAGGGUGUCAGAAGAAGAAUAAAGAGAUUGAAAAUUUAAAGCCUAGACGUGGGAGACCACCCAAGGCUCAGGGAAGUGAUUUGUCUGACAAGAGAAGGGCUGCAUUGGAAGAGGAAGAGGUUAAUAAAUCUGCUGGCAGAGAGAGUAAUCAGCUGAAUAAUGAAGCAAGGAAAAAAAACUUAAAGCGUAAGCGUGGGAGGCCUCCCAAGGUUCGGGACAACUACGAAUUACUACCAGCUAAGGAGAUAAACUGCAGUGAUGAUGAUAAAGAAGGGAAAACUAAAAAAAAGGCAGAGAAAAUGAGUCGCAGGAGACUACAAAGACAGACAGUGAGAGAUAAAAUUGUGGAAUUACUUCUGGGUGCUGGUUGGGAAAUUCAAUAUAGGCCAAGAAAUGGUAGAGAAUACAAGGAUGCAGUGUAUGUCAAUCCUGAAGGAAGGACUCACUGGUCAGUCACCUUGGCAUAUCGUGUGCUUAAGAAGCAAUAUGAAGAUAGUGAAGGAAAUUCAAAUACUUCUAAGCCUGGUUUCAAAUUUACUCCAUUACCAGAAGAGGAACUUAGCAUUCUAACUAAAGUAAUGACGAAGGAAAGGUCAGACAAAAAUAAAAAGAAAAAGAAAUGGAACCAAGAGAAGGGUGUGAAAACAACUGAGCUAGUUACUGAAAGGAAAAAGUGGAAACUGCACAAAAGAAAACUGGGUGCUGUACCUGGUGUCAACUUUAAGAAGUUGAAGAGGAGAACAAAACUGAAAACCAUGCAUCGCAGAGAGAACGAUUCAACCUGUACAACAGCCCAGGGAGCAGCAGUAUCUGUCAGGGAUCAUAAGCAACUUGAAGCACAUUGUAGAAAGCGAUGUGCUCUAAUGGUCCGAAAUUCUCAGGACCGCAUACAAUCUGAAACUGAUGGUUAUGUGCUGUAUGAUGGGAAGCAAACUGUACUUGCCUGGAUGAUUGGUCUGGGCACUGUGCAACUAGAUGAGAAGGUCCAUUACUUGAAACGUAGGAAAACACGGGCUGUGUUGAGGGGUAGGAUUACAACAGAUGGCAUUCAGUGUGACUGCUGUAGUAAAACAUUUACAAUUGCAGAAUUUGAGGCUCAUGCAGGUGGUAAAUCCUGUCAGCCAUUCAAAAAUAUAUAUCUAGAGACUGGGGCUUCACUCUUCCAUUGCCAGCUAGAUUCAUGGAAUAAACAAGAUGAGUCUUCGCGUAAAGGGUUCCAUUUUGUUGAUAUUGAUGGUGAAGAUCCUAAUGAUGAUACAUGUGGGAUUUGUGGAGAUGGUGGGGACCUUAUUUGUUGUGAUGGUUGCCCAUCAACGUUCCACCAAAGUUGCCUGGGGAUAAAAAAGUUCCCUUCAGGGCUCUGGCACUGCAUGUUUUGUUUGUGCAAAUUUUGUGGGAUGGCCUGUGGGAAUAUGCUCCAGAGAGAUGAUGAUAAUGCUUCUCCAUUACUUGCAUUGCUUACAUGUUGUUUCUGCGAGGAGAAAUAUCACCGAUCUUGUGCCCAGGUGAAGGACACAAUGAGUGAUGAUCCUGAUAGUUCGUCCUUUUGUGGAAAGACAUGCCAAGAGUUGUACAAGAGAUUGCACAUGCUGUUUGGGGUAAAACAUGACCUGGAUGAAGGUUUCUCAUGGACUUUUCUUCGUCGAUUUGAUGUUGGGCCUGAUGUUUCACUCAGUGGAAUGCCUCAGAAAGUUGAAUGUAAUUCAAAGUUGGCUGUUGCUUUGCAUAUAAUGGAUGAGUGUUUUUUGCCCAUGGUUGACCACAGAAGUGGGGUUAAUCUGAUUCACAAUAUUGUCUAUAAUUUUGGGUCCAACUUUAACCGAUUGAACUAUAGUGGUUUCUUCACUGCAAUCCUAGAGAGGGGGGAUGAAAUAAUUGCUGCCGCAUCAAUUAGGAUUCAUGGGAAUCAUCUAGCUGAGAUGCCAUUCAUUGGGACCCGCUACAUGUACAGGCGCCAAGGAAUGUGCCGCCGGCUUCUAAGUGCAAUUGAAAUGGCCCUGUGUUCUUUAAACAUUGAGAAAUUGGUCAUACCUGCUGUUUCUGAGCUAAGGGAAACAUGGACUUCAGUGUUUGGCUUCAAGCCCCUUGAAGGGAUGAGCAAGAAAAUACUGAGGAACAUGAAUAUGUUGGUAUUCCCUGGUGUUGAUAUGUUACAGAAACCAUUGCUAAAGCACCAGUUUCCUGGAGAAAAUAUGAAUCCAAUAGAAGGGUUGGAGUCCACUGAAUCUGGGAAAGUUCAUACCACGGAAGAAAUGACAAAUAAUUUUGUUGGAAGAUCUUCUGCAGAAUUUGAUUUUAAAGGUUCUAUUGAGACUGGUAUUCCUCAUUCAUGCAGUAUGAUAAAUGAACUUGCUGCAAUUGAACCUAUUUCACUUCUUAUGGAUGGUUGCUUGAAUGAUACAUCUGAAGUUGCAAUCCAGAGUGCUAGUACUACAGAAUGCCGUGAAUUAGGUGUUAAUUCUGAUAAUCUCGAUGGAAGAAUUGGAAAUAUUGUGAAAUCCCAUGAUGCUGCCAAUGACAAACAAUGUGGAAAUGAGAUGGUAAACAAUUCUGAUGAGAGAUAUCCAGGUGGAUUUGAUUUGGAAGAUUGUAGUGAGAAUAAUUUACCUCAUUCCAGUAACAUAAUAGGUGAAUCUGCUCUUGUGGAAUCUGUUUCACUUCUUCCUGAUGGCUGUUUGAAUGAUACAUCUGAUGUUACCACUCAGAGUGCUAAUCCAACAAAAUGCCAUGAGUCAGGUUCGACAUCUGGUAAUCCAGAUAAAAGAAAUGAAAGUAAUGUAAAACCCCAUGAUUCUUCACACAACACCGAUGAACAAAUGGGCAAUAAGAUGAUAAGCAAUUCUGAUGGGAGAUCUUCAACUGGAUUUGAUUUGAAAGGUUCUAAUUAUGACAGUAACAUGAUUGGUGAUCGUGCUGCAUUUGAACAUGAUUCAGUAUUUCUUGAUGGCUGCUUGAACGAUACUUCUAUCUCAAUUCAGGGGGUGAACAAUAUAAAAUUCCAGGUUCAGCAAAGAGUGACUUCAGAUAUUCUGGAUGGAGAAAGCAAAAAUAUUAUGAACCCUCUUGAUUCUCUGUGCAAAGUUUGUAAAGAAAGUGAAGGUGAGAUGAUAAAUAAUUCUAAUGGGAGUGAUUCAGCUGGAUUUGAUUUGAAAAGUUCCAGUGAGACUAAUGUAAUUGGUGAACCUGCAGCAGCUGAAUCUGUUGGACUUCCUGAUGGCUGCUUGAAUGAGGCAUCGGACCUCAUAAUUCAGGAGAGGAAUAAAAUAACGUGCCAUGAUCAAUCUGGUACGGUUUCUCAUAAUCUGGAUGGGAUAAAUGAAAAUAUUGGAAGCUGUCCUGAUUCUCUAUGUGAUGCUUAUGAACAAGUGGCAAAGGUUACUGGACAACAGAAUUCUCUGUCAGCUUCCAUCAUUCCACCCACUGACAAUGCAUUACAAGAAUUGCAUGUACAAUUGAACAAUGCAUCAGAGGUGGGAAUUCAGUUUUCUGCGGAAUCUCUUAUUGGAUCUGAAGCUGCUAGUCACUUGGGAGAAUUUCCACGUGCUUCAAGUGGUGGUGCUGAAAAUGUUUCUUGUGAAGUGAAAAUAGACGUUAGCAAUGUUGAACAUAAUCCUGAUUCUGUUGGAGAGGAUUCCAUGCAUAUGACUGCUCAAAUCAUUAGUUCUCAAUCCCAAGACUUGGCUACUGAGUAUGGAGUAAAUGUUUCAGAUGAGAAUGCUGUCCUCCAUGAGUCUGAUACUGGUGUUAUUUCUCGUGAUGGUGUCAAGUCAACAUCCUCAGAAGCUUGCCCAAGAGCACAAGAUGCAUUAAAUGUGUUUUUUCCUGCAUUGCCUGUUGAACAAAACUUUAAUUCAUGUCAAAGGAAUGGGCCUGAUGGGCAAGAAACAGAAAUUGUUGCUAUGGAUAAUGUGAUGGCCUCUGAUGUCAUUGUGAAACCUAAUUCGCAUGGGUGCAUGAAUAAUGCAAUUUGCAUGUCUCGAGAGGUUGCAUCAAGUUCUUGUGGAGAUGGUGUUUAUGGCCUGAAAGAUAUGUCUGCCAUAACUCAAAGUGAUGCCAUUUCUCUUGAUGGGGUUUUAAUUUCUGGUAAGGCUCAUGUGAAUAACAAACUGUUAAAGCCCCCAGGUUCUGGUUCUGAGCUUGAUCGUGCCAGUGUGACACAAAGCAACUCUGAAUCCAUGUGUAGUUCAAGCUCUGCUUCUGGCGUUGCCCUUCACUGUGCCUCUGGUGGGGUUAAUUCAUGUAGUGCCCCUGAUGUGAUAAUGCUAUCAAACCAGGCCAAUUGAUUUCCACUUGAUUCUUUUUUGCUGUAGGAAUCAGUCGUUAUUUUGACAGCAGCCUAUCGGUAUAUUUUCCGGACCUUACAUCAAGCAGAGGUUGGCUGGUUAAUGUCAACGUCUUGGGAUGCCAUUGCCAGCGUGCCGUUUUGAUGGUGAUAGCCUCGGCAAGUUUUGGUCAACAAAAUUGUCAUUUCGGUAAAUCUAAUAUCGGAAUUUAGGAUUUUCUUUUUUUUUUUUUUAGUUGUGUUCCCCUUUUGGUAUGUACAGUGUCAAAGAUCAGAAUUAGUCAAUAGCUGCCUAGUUUAGCAUGAUACCAGAACUAGAUGCAGUCAGAGGGUUGUGCAUUUGGGACCUCCCUUAUGCUUAUUGUAAAUGGAACAAAGCAUUGCUGAAUUGUGAAAAUAGCAAUUUCUUUUCCAA